AUGGAGAAAUCCCCAGUUGAAAGCGCACCCACGAAAGUGUGGACCACGCUCAUUACCAACACCAAGUACCUCUCGGGCCUCCUCACUCUCGAGUACUCCUUGAAGAAAGCUGGUUCGCGGUAUCCUCUGGUCGCACUUUACACUGACACAUUUCCUCCCGAAGGCCUGCAAGCUCUCAAGAAGAGAGGUAUACCGGCUAAACACAUCCCUUACCUCCUGCCGUCCGUCCCCAAAGAGUACGCCAACGAUCCCCGUUUCUACGACUGCUGGAGCAAAUUGACCCCGUUCAGCCUCACCGAGUAUGAUCGGUUGGUACAACUGGACAGUGACAUGCUGGUUCUGAAGAAUAUGGAUGAACUGAUGGAGCUGGAGCUGGAUCCGCCUGGGAUGAAUGGCGAGGGAAAAAGGGUGUACGCCGCAAGCCAUGCUUGUGCAUGUAAUCCUCUAAACAAACCGCACUAUCCCAAGCAUUGGAUCCCAGAGAACUGCGGGUUCACAUCCCAACACAAUACCCCAGACGAUGCUCAGAUUCAUGGGCCCCCUCCCACUGCGGGGAUAGGGUCCCCCAAUGGCGGCCUCGUUGUGUGCAAUCCUAGCCAAGGCAUUUAUGACAAAAUCCUCAAUGCGAUGAAAAAUGGCGACUUGACCUCGAGCUAUGACUUUGCCGACCAGAGCUUACUUGGCGACCAGUUCUAUGGUCGCUGGGUUGGGUUGCCGUAUGUCUACAACGCUCUGAAGACGUUGAGGUGGAAAGGAGUCCAUGACGCCAUAUGGCGCGACGAUCAGGUGAAGAAUGUCCAUUUCAUCCUGAGUCCAAAGCCCUGGGAUGAGAAACUUGAAGACAUUCAGGACGAAACACACAGGUGGUGGCAUCGCAUCAAUGACGAGAGACUGACGCAUGAAAAGUCCCAGGGGAUUAGUGAUGGAUUUUAG